CUUUUUAGCUUCUCACUCUAAAACUCAGAUUUGUUAGGCACCAUAAACUUACCCUAAUUGAAAAUGGAAUCAAAGCCGUCCGAUUCACUCAAAACGCCGGAGAAAACUUCAUCGGCAAUGAAACCUAAAACUUCCGAUCAAAUCAGCUCUAGAACUCCGAAGAAGCUUCCACAUCCUCCACAAAGAAUCAAAUAUCAUCGUCGAUCUAUUCGAUUGCCGGAAAAGUAUGAGAUGUUAUUGAGGUUUUUCGAUGGAUUGGAUGUUUCGUUGAAAUUGCUGCGAUUGCGGAAUGCAAUUCCUGUGUUUAGCAAAAUUAGGGUUAUGAUUGAGAAUAUGUCAGAGAGGAGGUUCACUCAUCAACAUUUGGCGCAAUUGAAGUUUCUUUUGCCAGAGGAGAUUGGAAUAAAAAAGGUCUUGAUGGCUGACGGGGAAACUCGCUGCAUGAAACAUGAUCUUCACCUCACAAUGACUGUCAACGGGAUGACCCGAGCAGACAAAAGGAAGAGAGGAAGUGAACUCCCCUGUUUGAGGGAUCACUUCAUUUCAAAGCUUUUGGGUUUUGUAGGAAAUCAUCCUGAGGGGACUGAUAUACCCGAGGAAAAACUACCUGAGCCAUUCAACCAGCAAAAGAAUGAUCUGCUGUUAAAUACCUUCAAACAAUCAAAUUCAUGUUCUCAAAAGCAGAAAUACUCUGGCGUAGCUGUAGAACUAGAGGCAGCACAGGCAUCCCAUUUUUCUCCAUCUUUCCGGAAGCAUUUUUCAAGCGGAGGCUCAGACAGUAAUAAGUCAUGGAAAAGUCUCCAGAGUCCAUCAGAGUCCUCACACCAAUUACAAUCAAUUUCUGUUUUAAAUCCAUCUGUUGACAGAGAUGAGUUGGCAUCUGUUGCUCAUGAAGCCGAGACUGUACCGUAUAGGCUACGUGCUAGUCAAAUAAAGCGCAAAUCUAUUGUUGACAGUGAAACUUUUUCAGCACAUAGUGGUAAGAAGAAGCAGGGAACACCGUUAAAAUCUGCUGGUACUCCGAUCAAGCCAGCCACACCAAGUUUGCAAACACCUAAGAGGUUUAGGUCGAAUGCUGAUAUCAACUCAGCAUGUAAAGCAUCUGACCGACCCACUUGUGCUAGGUCACUUCAAUUUGAGGGCUCUUCAAGAAAUAUAAAUAUUGAUCUUCAAGAUGAUGAAGUUGAAUGCUCUAGUAUUGUUGACAUUCUUCCUGAGAACCUUUUACAAUCGAUAAAGGAGAAAGAAAAAAGAGCCGUGGAGCUGGCAAAGCGGAAGCAGAUGAUUAAGUGCCUCCCAAAGCUCUUUGACAGAAUUUAUAUAUUGUUUCGGAAUCCCAAGAUUUCAGCUGUUAGAAAAGAGGCACUAAUUCGUGAGCUGACUGAAUGUCACUUGGACAUUACUGAUGAAAGCGAAGUUGAGGAGCAGCUAAAACUACUGCAAGAAAUUAUCCCUGAUUGGAUAAUCUGUAAGUUUUCACCUUCUGGAAACAUACUUUACAGAAUCAAUAAGACAUUAGAUCCAAAAACGCUGCGCCUGACGCUUGAUAAAGCUAUAUGACCGGUGAGUCGUGACCAUAUGACUUGGUCUGCUAUUUUCGUAAUUCACGGUAAAUAUUGAAUAUGAAGUCACCUUCUCAGAACUAUCGGUAGCUGAACCUUAGAAUGCAUCUGGCUUUGAAAAUCAUAGCCUGCUAAGAUUGUUACGCCUUUUGUACACAUGGGAUAUUUUAUAGUAAAUGAUUUUGUUGGAAAAUCUUUAUUAUUACAAAGAACUGGUUCUCUCAAGUCUCAACAGGGGUGUAAACAAUCCAAGGACCGAGGGGCGGGGCCCUUGCUAUUCCUUUCUUGUUCAACCGCAUUUUGUCAGCAGAGACAUGAAAGCAGUGAAAAAUCAAGCUCAAUCUGGGAUUUUGGGUAAACUUCAACAAGUCAUCCCAGUUCGUGACUUCGAAAUUCAAUAUGUGCAGGGUUCUUACAAGCACAGGACCACAAAUGUUAGUGCUCAGUCUCUUAGAAAAAGUAGAGUACUGGAUAUUGAUGUGUAAUUGGUAUUUCUGAAAUCAUGCAUUUUUGUAAUCUUUGCAUAUAAAUGUAUCUAGCCGUUGCGAACAUGGUAUAAUGUUACGUCCAAGGUAGAACCAAAAUAUUGAAUUGUAUGAACAUCCUUGAGAGCGUAGAAGUAAAAUGUUAUUAGACACAAGGUACUUUCAAUUUA